AUGGCAGCGUCCAAGGUUACAUUUAAGAUUACACUCACAUCCGAUCCGAAGCUGCCCUUUAAGGUGUUAAGUGUACCGGAAGCGACACCCUUCACGGCGGUUCUAAAAUUUGCCGCCGAAGAAUUCAAAGUACCACCAGCAACGAGUGCGAUCAUUACGGAUGAUGGCAUCGGUAUUAACCCGCAGCAAACGGCCGGCACCGUGUUCCUUAAGCAUGGGUCCGAGCUACGGUUAAUUCCCCGGGAUCGUGUCGGAAGCUGUUGA